GGUGCAAUGAAAUUUGUCUACUCUGGAAUACCGUACAUUUAGCUUCCCUUUGUAGCUGCGCAUGCGCAGUAGAGUUAUAUCUGUCAGUGCAGUAAGGAGCAGUAAGAUGGACAGUGGGGAGGCUCUGUCUCAGCGGCCAGUCACUUUGGACAUCACAGUGGAAGAUGUAACCAAUGAAGCCCCAAACCCAGAUCCUCCAGAGCUAACCACCAGCCAAACCCCUCCCAGAGACAAUGUUGUUCCCAAGGAAGACAGCAUCGACUUGGGCGGAGAGUUUGCCACCCCCCAGGAAGAAAGCAGCACUACACCUUCAGAGAGCCUGAUGGACAAGUUCAAUGAUCAGAUGAUGGAGAGCGUCAUGAUUUCUGACUCGCCUAAUAACAGUGAGGAGGACGAUGUAGCUCCCAUUGACUCCUUUCUGGAUGGAGUAGAGGAAGAAGAUAAUUCACAAGAGACAUCAGGCGACCAAGAGGAACAAAGUGAAAUUGGACAAAAUACGACCGAGAUUAAAGUUUCAAUGGAGGAAGAGGAGAAAGGUGUUUCUGUGGAGAAAGUAGAUGAGGACACAAAGGAGCAUGUAGACACUCAAGAGCAGGUCACAGCCUGUAUUUCACUUGAAGUUAACGCACUGAGCCUAUCUGAUCUUAAAAGUGGAGAACCAACACCACUAGAAGCUAAAGAGACAAGCCCAAAAGACGAACCUGUGCCGGUGUGCACCAUAUUCAGCCAGGGCACCCAUCCAAAGUCUCUAGUGCCUGAUGGCUUCCAGCCCACCCUCAUCAAGUCCCCCAGUUUUAGCAUGGGGAGUGGUGGCGGAAGCAAUGAGGCAGUAACCCCCAGCAAGCUGAUGGCUCCCCUCGUGUGCCAGCCCAGCCCCAGCCUCAGUAAAUUCUUCACUGACAAUGGACAGGUCAAUCCAGCCUCUGACUUCUUUGAUUCCUUUACUGUCCCCUCUUCCUUCAUCUCAGUUUCAAACCCAAAUGCUGACAUUCCUCCUGGCCCCACCCCAGCGCCCAUAGCCCCCACCCCUGAGCGCCAGCUCUCUUCCACCUCCUCCUCCAUCUCCACCCCCGGUGGACCUCUGGACUCUGGUGCUCCCACUCCUAGUUCAGUGUUUGGUCCUGCCCCUACCGAAUCCACUGCCAAGGCCAUACCUCCUCCACCCCAAGCAGCCCCGGCUCCAACUCAAGCCCCUGCCACUCAGCCGCAGCCCUUCAACCAGCUCCAGGCUGUGUUCUCUGGGAGCGAUGACCCAUUUGCAACGGCGCUGAGUCUGAGUGAGGUGGAUAGGCGCCAUGAUGCCUGGCUGCCAUCUGAGGAGAGCAGGAAGGUGUUGAUCUCUGUGGCCACCCAGCAGUACGGCCCAGCCUAUGUAGAGACCAACAAACUGACUAUGCCUGGACUCAAGUUUGACAACCUUCAGGGCGAUGCUGUAAAAGACUUAAUGCUUCGUUUCCUGGGAGAAGCGGCAGCAAUGAAGCGGCAGGUCCUCACCGACGAUUCUGUGGAACAGUCCUUCACAGGGCUCAAACGGCUCAUUAGCAGUAAAAACUGGCGUGCUGCGGUGGAUCUGACGGGCCGGCUGCUGACUGCUCAUGGUCAGGGAUAUGGAAAGGCUGGCCAGCCAACCUCCCACACCACCGACUCACUGCAGCUGUGGUUUGUGCGGCUGGCCCUCCUGACCAAGCUGAACCUCUUCCAAAACGCUGAUCUGGAGUUUGAACCCUUCGGCAACCUGGAUCAGCCAGACCUCUACUACGAGUACUACCCCACUGUUUACCCUGGGAGGCGAGGCUCCAUGGUGCCGUUCUCCAUGCGGCUGCUGCAUGCCGAGCUUCCCCAGUACCUGGCCAAGCCCCAGGAGGCUCUGGACCGCCUGCACAAUCUCAAAACCGUCUGCCUCGCUAUUCUAGAGAACUUGGAGAAAGGCUUAGCUGAGGAUGGCAGCAUGAUCACCCUAACACAGGAGAACAGGCAAGUGUCUCUUAAGCUGUGGAGGUCUCGUCUCAGCCGGGUCAUGUACUCCAUGGCCAACUGCCUACUGCUGAUGAAGGAUUAUGUUCUGGCUGUGGAGACCUAUCACUCCAUCAUCCAGUAUGAACCCCAGCAGAGAGUGCAGCUGCUCAGUGGCAUAGGACGCAUCUUUCUGCAGAUCGGAGACGUUAAAACGGCAGAGAGGUACUUCCAGGAUGUGGAGAAAGCCUGCCAGGAGACGGGGAGCCAGCCCAGUCACACCACAUGCGUGCUGAUGAACAGGGCCUUUGUCUACCUCAGUCAGAACAACUACACUGAAGCACACGCAUCCUUCACUGAAGUCUUAAAAAUGGACCCGAAAAACCCUGUUGCCAACAACAACGCAGCGGUGUGCCUGCUCUAUCUAGGCUGUCUGAAGGAGUCCCUGGGCCAGCUGGAGGGCCUGGUGCAGCAGGACCCCGCACUCUACCUCCACGAGAGCGUCCUCUUCAACCUGACCACUAUGUACGAGCUGGAGUCGUCCCGCAGCACCCAGAAGAAGCAGGCUCUGCUGGAGGCCGUGGCCUGCCGGGAGGGGGACAGCUUCAACACACAGUGUCUCAAACUGGUGUAAGAGGCAAGAAUCUGAGCUGGGACAGGGACAAACACUAAUGCAUCCAGUGGGAGGGGGAAGAAAACACCAAGAGUAGAAUGUGUAGAGGAGUAGAAAGCUGUAGAAAGCUGUAGCUCCUAUGAGAGUGUGGUGACAGAAAAGUGCAGAAGCAAGUUAAUACAAGAUCUUCCAGAACUGGAUUUCUAUCUACAAAAUGGAUGUGAGAAGCCCAGGUACACAUUUCUCCCCACGUCAGCCCUCAGGGGGCUUCCUUCCUUCUGAAGGGUGACCCAGUCCUGAUUCACACAUUUACUCGCAGGAACAGAAAACAUGGCCAGCUCACACAAGCUGCUUGAUAGACAUUCCUGAAAAGAAAUCGCCCUAAAAAUAGAAAAAGUCACGUGUGUGCAGAAGUCGUUUUAUUUUACAGAUUAAAGCAAUAGUUUGACAUUUUUGGAAAUUUGCUUUUUUGCCGUGAGUCAGAGAAGAUACCGCUCUCGUGUUUGCACUAGGCUUGAGGGAAAGUUCUGAUGAUGCAAUUGUAAUAUGGAAGAACGGGAAGUAACGUUUGCAUGAAUAUUCAUAAAGGAUAUUUAUUUUGUAGGGAGGUUGGCUUGUUACCAGGCUUUAGUUUGAACUUUAAAAAGGUGCAUUCAAUUCAUUUGAAUUUUUCAGGGACGGCAAUAUUAUUCACUUCUUCACUGAUUAACGUCUUACAGUACAAACAGACAAGCUUACCUUGUAAUUGUCCCGCCAAGAAACAGUCCAUUCCCCCUGCUUCCAUUCUUUGUUCUAGUUUAAGCUAAACUGCUAGCUUCAUAUUUAGCACGUGGUUUAGAUCUUCUCCUCGAAAUCUCUGCAAAUAAUUUCUCAAAAUGUCAAAAAUAUUCCUCUAAAUUUAAAAACAAUCAUUUCUAGACACACUGCCGCAGAGGAAUCAUUGUGAGAUUGGAAGAGAGCCCUCAGAACUUGGAUGUGCGUUGCACUACAGACUGGCAGUGGUUUUAAGGGAGUUGCAGGCUCAUAAUGUGAGUCUUGACAUGGGCAUUAUCCUGAGCUUCACUGUGCUUAAAGACUAAUAAACUACCACAGAGGUCCAAAGCUUCUUCCACAGCAGACACCUGUAACACUGGAUUAACAGUCCAACACCACUCCAUUUCACCUGCCAGGUUUAUUAACUCAUGCAGUGAAAAUAGAUAAGCCCUUCUGAUUGCAUCGUAUCCUCUUCACUAAACUGUAAAAUAUUAAGAAUCCAAAAUUGUACAUAUCAGAGAAUCUGUUUUUUUUUUCUUUCUUCUGUUUUGUGUAAUUAUAUCAAAAAUGAUUGUAUUGUUAAAUCUUUUAUUGAUUUGUCCUGGUGGAUCUUUAACUGUCACUGUUUACAUAUUGUGUUGAUCAUAUUUAUGUAUAUUAAAUUUUGUUUUAUCCUAAAUAAAACUGUUAUUUUAAA